AUGACGAAACAGAUGACCCGAGCAUGCUGCGAGCGCUCAUGGAGUCGCCCGCACUCGAAAUCAAUGCCACCGAUGCCCGACAUGGUCUCUCGGCCUUGCAUUGCGCGUGUGCCAUGGGUCUCUACGCGUCUGUCAGUCAGCUCCUCACGCACGCAACCAUCGAUGGCAACCUCCAAGACAAGGAAGGCAACACGGCGCUGCAUUACGCGAGUUUGUACGGCCACAGCAAGCUCGUCGAGCUUCUACUCGACGUCAAAGCGUCAACGCUAG